CACCUCCCUCUGCUACAGGGCUGGGAACUCCAGGCAAGGCCAUGGCCCUCCCAUGGCUCUUCUGGAUGUGGCUGCUGGUCACAGGGACACAAGGCAUGAAUGAUGGUGACAUGCGGCUAGCUGAUGGGGGUGCCUCCUACCAGGGUCGCGUGGAGAUCUUCUACAGAGGCCAGUGGGGCACUGUGUGUGACAACCUGUGGGACCUGACUGAUGCCAGCGUCGUGUGCCGGGCCCUAGGGUUUGAGAACGCCACCGAGGCACUGGGCAGAGCCGCCUUCGGGCAAGGAUCAGGCCCCAUCAUGCUGGAUGAGGUCCAGUGCACAGGAGCGGAGCCCUCGCUGGCCAACUGCACAUCCCUGGGCUGGCUAAAGAGCAACUGUAGGCACGAGAAGGAUGCCGGCGUGGUCUGCGCCAACGAAACCAGGAGCAGCCAUACCCUCGACCUCUCUGGGGAGCUGUCUGCUGCGUUGGGCCAGAUCUUUGACAGCCAGCAGGGCUGCGACCUGUCCAUCAAGGUGCGGGCACAGGAGGAAGACGUCCUGGGCCUCUGUGGCCACACACUCAUCCUGACCACCAACCCCGAGGCCCAGGCCCUGUGGAAGAAGCCAGGCAGCAGCAUUACUAUGAACGUGGAUGCUGAGUGUGUGCCGAUGGUCAGAGACUUUCUCAGGUAUUUCUACUCGCGAAGGAUCGACAUCUCCCUGUCAUCGGUCAAGUGCUUCCACAAGCUGGCCUCUGCCUAUGAGGCCAAGCAGCUGCAGAGAUACUGCGCCAGCCUCUUCGCCAUCCUCCUCCCCCAGGAUGCUUCUUUCCAGACGUCCCUGGACCUGUACGCCUACGCGCUGGCCACCGGGGACUCCCUGCUGGAGGAGCUCUGUGUGCGAUUCCUGGCCUGGAACUUCGAAGCCCUGACUCAGGCUGAGGCCUGGCCCAGCGUCCCCACGUCCCUGCUCCAACAGCUGCUCGGCAGGAGUGAGCUGGCUGUGCCCAGCGAGCUGGCCCUGCUGAAGGCCGUGGACACCUGGAGCUGGGAGGAGUGGGCCUCCCACGAGGAGACGGCAGGCCUGGUGGAGAAGGUCCGCUUCCCCAUGAUGCGGCCCGAGGAGCUCUUCGAGCUGCAGUUCAACCUGUCCCUGUACCAGAGUCACGAGGCCCUGUUCCAGAAGAAGAUUCUGCAGGCCCUGGAAUUCCACACCGUACCCUUCCAGCUGCUGGCCCAGUACAGAGGCCUGAACCUCACCGAGGACACCUACAAGCCCCGCAUUUACACCUCACCCACCUGGAGCGCUUCCGUAACAGCCGGUUCCCGUAGCGUGCCGCAGCUGGUCUACCAGCCCAGACAGAGGGCUUCUCUCGUUAAAUCUGCUUACAGUCCCUCCAGCUACAAGUACAACCCCUACCAGUCCUUCCAGACCCCCCCACACCCCAGCUUCCUCUUCCAGGCCAAGAGCGUGUCCUGGUCCCUGGUCUACCUCCCCACUGUCCAGAGCUGCUGGAACUACGGGUUCUCGUGCUCCUCGGACGAGCUCCCUAUCCUGGGUCUCACCAAGUCUGACUACUCAGAUCCCACCAUCACCUAUGAAAACAAAGCCCUGAUGCUCUGUGGAGAGCGCUUCGUGGCAGACGUCACGAAUUUCGAGGGCCCAAAGGCCGCCAUCCCCAGUGCCCUGGACACCAACGGCUCCAGAAGCGCGUCCUUCUUCCCCUGCCCAGCAGGGUCCUUCAGUGGCUUCCGUGCGGUCAUCCGCCCCUUCUACCUGACCAACUCCACGGGCGAUGAUGAGGCAGCGUGGCCCAGGGGCUGA